CUGAAGAAGGCCCGGGGUCAGAUCCGUAACAUCCUAGUGGCCUGCAUCAGCAAGUCGCUCCUGCACCUGUCAAGUCUGGGCCGAAGGGUGUGUACGAAGCUUAGAACUGAGACGACUGCAGCUCGGACUCCUAGAAAGCUACAAGCCAGAUAGUCGCCCAUCGCAGGCAGAGACCCAGAGACACACGGGACCGUGGUCAAAAUCCACACCAAGGCGGAAGGACUGAAGGGGGUACAUGUGCCCUUAGAACUCAUGUUCCAUCUGCCGGUCAGCUACCCGCUGUGUCUACCUGGAAUCUCCGUUCACUCCGAGCACCUGACCAGGGCCCAGCGUGAGGCUGUGAAGGGGAAGUUGCUUGAGCAGGCGGCACAGCUUGUGUCUGAGCCCAUGGUGCACGAGCUGGUGCUCUGGGUCCAGCAACAUCUCGGGAAUAUCCUGUACCCACCAGAAGCCACGGGGGACAGCGACGGGUGUCCUUCUCCACCAAGCACGACUGGAGAUGACAGACUGUGGAUGACUCUUCUGCACUUAGAUCACAUGCGAGCGAAGGCCAGAUACACCAAAACUGUGGAGAAAUGGGCUGCAGACCUGAGGCUGACGGGAAGACUGAUGUUCCUGGGGAAAAUUAUACUGAUCUUACUACAGGGAGACAGACACAACCUCAAGGAGUACCUGAUUCUUCAGAAAACCUCGAAAGUAGAUGUGGACUCAAGUGGAAAGAAAUGCAAAGAGAAAAUGAUUAGUGUACUGUUUGAAACAAAAGUGCAGACGGAACACAAAAGGUUUCUGGCAUUUGAAGUCAAAGAGUAUUCAGCGUUGGAUGAAUUACAAAAGGAAUUUGAAACCGCAGGACUUAAGCAGCUUUUCUCUGAAUUUGUACUUGGGCUGGUAAAAUGAAAUGGAAAACAGGAGUUUUUUUUUUUUUCACUAAAACAGCAGGUUUUUUUGUUUGUUUUUGUAUUGGAUUUUGGGCGUGGCAAUUGGAAAAAAGUCAUAAUGGAAUGAUUUUAAAGUUUCUCUGAAUUAAAGAAAACAUCGUCGUAAUUUUGGAAACAAUUGCCAGUUGUGUUUUAUGCAGUAUCAAACACUAGAAACCCUGUGUUUCUGUUUGCCAGCAAAAAUAAGCUUCGAUAGCUGGAACAUCAUUUGAAAAUAGAUUUUAAAAGAUAAUGGCAAAUGAGCCAUUGUUUUUAUGUAAAGAAUUUGUCUGAAACUGUACAGUUUUCUGGCUGUCUUUUUUUUGUUGUUGCUAUUGGUAAUUAAAUUAUUUCUUAAAACAA